AUGAAACACCAUAAAUUGUUGCAUCACGACAGAACAGCAGUAAUGGAAAAAGAACCCGCUAUGGAAACCGCAACAUCGGCAAAGGAGGUCAACACAGCGACUCGACCGUACAAGCACCGCCGCGCUUACCUAAAGAUUGCGCCCGUAACAAUAAGGGGGCCGCUAAGCUGCGUCGAAACAUACGCAUUAUUGGAUGAAGGAAGCACGGUCACCUUAGUCGAUGCCUCAAUCGCCGACGUCAUCGGCGCCGACGGCCCAGCCCACACAAUGUGGAUACAAGGGGUCGGCUCGGAGGUGAAACACGAGAAGAGCAAGAUCGUCAGCUUUAAAAUAAGAGGAACGUACGCGCAAGAAGAACACAACAUAGAAGCAGCGCGUACUGUAGAGCGGUUGGACUUCGCGCCAGAAUCCGUGAAUGAAGAUCACUUGGGGAAUUGCCCACAUCUGUUGGAUAUCAAAGAGGAUAUCACCUACGAACGCGCCUCACCGAAAGUACUAAUCGGGCAAGAUAACUGGCACCUCAUAGUGUCUAGAAAACUGCGCGUCGGCCGUCGAGACCAACCAGUCGCCUCAUACACCAACCUGGGCUGGGUUCUGCAUGGCUGUCAUAGCUCAUUGACGUCGACGGUCACCUUCUGCGGCAGACUACAUCAGAGGGAAGAUGCACCACCGAUAGAAGAAGAAAUAAAAAAUUAUUUCAAAUUGGAGUCGCUGUGCAUCGAGCCGAGAAGACCGAAAGAAGAUCCCGAGCAGCGAGCCAUGCAAAUAUUGGACGAAACCAGCCAGAGGUCAGCGGACGGCAGAUUCGAGACAGGGUUGUUGUGGAAACAAAAGGACUUCCAAAUACCAAAUAAUUAUAAAGAGGCGGAAAGGCGCCUGCACACCUUAGAGAAGAGGCUCGACCGAGACAGCAAUCUCAAGCUACAGUACGAAGAACGCAUCGAGAACCUCUUCAACUCGGGUUACGCAGAGCGCGCGCCAAUGCCACCGCCGCAAGGAAGGACAUGGUAUCUGCCACACUUCCCAGUCAUCAACCCUGCGAAACCGAACAAACCGCCGAGAUUGGUACACGACGCCGCAGCGAAGACAGCCGGAAUAUGUCUCAACGAUAUGCUUCACUCGGGGCCCGACUUAUUACAAUCACUGCCCGGAGUGAUCAUGAGGUUCCGACAGUAUCCGUAUGCAGUGAGCGCCGAUAUAAAAGAAAUGUUCAUGCAGAUUAAAGUGCGCAAAGAAGAUAGAGACGUUUUACGUUUCUUGUGGAGAGGCAAGCGGCGGGAGGACCAACCGGAGGAAUAUAGGAUGACGUCAAUCAUCUUUGGAGCGACAUCAUCACCAUGCACAGCAUUAUACAUCAAAAAUAAAAAUGCUGAAGAACAUGCAGAAGCGUACCCAGAAGCUGCGGUCGCCAUAAAAAGAAACCAUUAUAUGGACGACUACUUGCAGAGCUUCCACUCUGUCACGGAAGCUCAGCAAACAGUAAAAGCAGUCGAUCACGUCCACAAACAAGCGGGAUUCGUACUCAGCGGGUGGACAUCGAACGAAGAAAAAACAAUAGAAGAAAUAACGACAGAGCAUAGACAACACGACACGACCGUGUGCCUGGGCGGAAAAGAAACUGAGAAGACGUUAGGGCUGCUCUGGCAUGUACAAAGCGAUCAUAUUGGAUUCAAUACUAACAAUAUGAAGAUGCCUGCCGACGUAAAAGAAAAACAACGCUUGCCAACUAAACGAGAAGCGUUGAGCGUCAUAAUGGCAUUAUUUGAUCCGCUGGGGUUAAUAUCACCGGUGACCACCCCAGCGAAGAGAAUAUUUCAAGACACAUGGCGUUACAAGGCGGACUGGGACGACCCUCUGCCAACAGAAUUAAAAGAAAAAUGGGAAGGCUGGAUUACUUCACUUAACGCCAUAGAACAACUAAGAAUACCGCGAUGCUACGAUUACAACCCGGUGUCGACGCGCCAACUACACACAUUCGUCGACGCAAGCGAGGAGGCCUACGCAGCAGCAGUGUAUUGGAGAACGGAGCGAGCAGACGGCAGCGUUAACAUAUCAUUGGCCGCCGCCAAGAGCCGCGUAACACCACUGAAACCAGUUUCCAUACCACGGCUCGAGUUACAAGCGGCACUGCUGGGAGCUCGUCUUGCGCAGACCGUGAUCGAUGAACACGAUUGCGACAUAGCAGGCAAGACAUACUGGUGCGACUCCCGUACUGCACUGGUGUGGAUAAGAUCGGAGCCUCGCGCGUACAAAGCUUUCGUCGCUCAUCGCCUGGCGGAGAUAGAAGAUACGACCAAAAAGAACGAAUGGCGUUGGCUACCGUCUAAAGAAAACGUGGCAGACGACGCAACCCGAGCCACACCAGAAGGGUUCGACGAGUCGCACCGAUGGUUCCGAGGGCCCCCGUUUCUGCAGCGUCCACCGGCAGAAUGGCCGCAGGAAGAGAAAACGACACAAUAUGACACCGGGGAAGAGCGAGAAAUAUGUAACAUCGCUGUUAAAAGUGAAGACUCGACAACAACACAUCUUCCACAGAUAGGAAGAUUUUCUAAAUGGAUUCGCCUCAUAAGGGCGACAGCGAGAGUCCUCCUAUUCAUCGACAUGUGCAGACCAAACAAGCACGUAGUGAAGGCUGGGCGUAAACGCAACAAAGCAAGACAAGGUAGCGACCCUGGCUGGCAGAGAACAAACAAACGCAACACCCCCGCCAAGGAGAAAAAGGCGACUCCUACUGCCUCUUCGCUUGUAGGAAUACCGGCCGCUUAUCAUAUGAGAGCCGAACAACUGUGGGUGCAAGCCAGUCAGCGGGAAAGCUUCACGAAGGAGCUCAAGAGAAUCACCAGCGGAAGUGUUCCGGGAGGCGACGACAAACUAGGCCACCUGAGCACAUACAUUGAUGAAGAGGGGACCCUACGCCUCAGAGGUCGAAUAAAAGCGGCAUCAGAAGUGGAGGACGACAUGUACGACCCUCCCAUAUUAGACGGGAAGCACGCAUACACUCGCCUGUACAUAGCACACGUACACGAGAGGCUGCAUCACGGAGGCGUGGAAACAGUUGUGAAUGAAUUAAGACAGAGAUUGUACGUAAGAAAAAUACGUCCAGUAGUGAAAACUGUCGUCAAAGGAUGCCUGCCGUGCCGUCUAAGAAAAGCCAAGCCUGCAUCACCGUCUACAGGAAACCUGCCGUCCGCACGCCUCGCUCAUCACGCACGUCCGUUCACAUACACCGGACUAGACUACUUCGGGCCAAUAGAAGUCACAGUGGGACGACAUCGCGAAAAGCGCUAUGGCGCGUUAUUUACCUGCAUGACGUCGCGAGCAAUACACAUAGAAGUAGCCCACUCGUUGAGCGCAGACUCAGCCGUGUCGGCACUUAGGCGUUUUAUGAGCAGAAGAGGAUGCCCAAAAGAAAUAUGGAGUGACAACGCUACGUGCUUCAAGGCAGCAGACAAGGAGAUGGCCGAAGCAGCACUCGCAGCCCUCGAGCACGAAACCACGUGUCAACAGAUUGUGUGGAAGUACAUACCGCCAUCAGCACCGUUCAUGGGCGGCGUAUGGGAGCGAAUGGUUCGCUCCGUAAAAGAAGCCCUACGCGUCACCCUCAACGAGCGCUAUCCCAGCGACGAAACAUUGGGGACCCUGCUCGCCGAGGUCGAAAAUACUGUAAACUCCAGACCUCUCACACACGUCUCAGUCGACCCAGGAGACCCUGAAGCCAUCACGCCGAAUCACAUCCUCAUCGGUCCCAACUCGCACGUACCUGCGCCGGGACACUUCAGCAAGAAUGACGUGACGGCCCGCCAGCAAUGGAAACGAGCUCAAGCCCUAGCCGACGUGUUUUGGAGAAGAUGGGUUAAAGAAUACCUGCCCCUACUCCAACACCGGCGGGAGCCCAGCAGCAUAGGAGUAUCGCCGAAGAUUGGAGACCUAGUCAUCAUUUGUGACUCCAAUCUACCACGCAACACCUGGCCCAGAGGGAAAAUAAGUAAGGUAUAUCCUGGCGUCGACGGAGAGGUACGAGUAGUGGACGUAACCACCGGCAGUGGGCACAUACUAAGAAGACCAACGAAGAAGAUCGUCGUGCUACCAGAGGGAUCGCAGCGUGGCGACGGCGGGAGAAUGUGCACGACGCAACAAUAUUAA